GAAGGUGCGCGAGAAAGAUGCGGGAACUCUUCUCCGUUCCCGGCAACGAAUCUCUGCUCCUAUUCUCGAUUUGAUUGAUAAGCAUCUCGAAGAGAAGCAUUCCAGGACGAUAAUGGCGAUCGGGUGGAUGAAAAAGAUGAAAUCCAACUUCGGUGCUUCGUUUCUGUGGCUCGUUUGUCUCAUCUAUUUCACCCAGGGGUUCAGAUCCUUUGUAUGGACUGCAGUUUCAUACCAGAUGAAAGAUGUGUUGGGAUUAUCCCCUUCGGCAUCUCAAUUUGUUGUUUCCAUUGCAUAUUUUCCAUGGAGUAUAAAACCACUUUAUGGAAUUCUGUCUGAUAGUAUACCUAUCAAAGGAAGGAAGCGAGUGCCCUACCUUGUCAUAGCGACUUCACUCUCACUUGUUCCUUGGGUUAUCUUGGGUUCACCAACUCCUAUGAGAAGCUCACGCAAUUUUCUUACCAUUCUCUUGACACUACAAAAUAUAGGAUCUGCAAUGGCUGAUGUUGUUAUUGAUGCAAUGAUUGCAGAAGCAGUUCGGUCUGAGUUAGCAGCAUUUGCUGGUGAUCUUCAGUCAUUGUCUUGGUCAGCAAUGGCCAUUGGAGGGAUAUGUGGGAGUUUAUUGGGAGGAUACACUUUAUCCAACCUUAAAAUAGAAACAAUCUUUCUUCUUUUCUCUGUUCUCCCAACUAUACAGUUGAUUUCAUGUUCUUUUGUCAGUGAGGUUCCUUCAGGAGAUAUUGAGACUGUAAAUGGAAAAGAAAAUGGCUAUUUAAAAGAUGAUAUGAAUGGUAGACCUUCGAAUGGGAACUAUAUGUCUCAUGAGAAGUCAAAGCCUGAAAGUCUGAGGAGGAGAAAGAAUGGUCCACAACAUGGUCAAAGGCAAGCUAUCACCACAAAGCCUAAUAUUACUGAGCAAAAGCGAAGAUCGCUCAUAGCAAGGAGCUUUAUAUCUAUUAAGACAUCUAUUUUUGAUUUGUGCAAAGCAUUUAAGAAGCCAAUCAUCUUAAGGCCUAUGGCAUGGUUUUUUCUUUCACACGUUACAGUUCCAAACCUUUCAACGGUCAUGUUCUAUUACCAGACUGAUGUCUUGCACCUGGAAUCUGCCUUUUUGGGUAAUGCACGUGUGGUUGGGUGGCUUGGCCUAAUGGUGGGUACAUACACCUACAACCGCUGUUUCAAGCACUUGAGACUAAGAAAAAUCCUUAUGUGGACUCAUAUCGGACUUGCCGUCAUGAAUUUUCUGGAUAUAGUUUUAGUAUCUCGAAUGCAUGUUCAGUUUGGUAUUCCUGACAAGUACAUGGUUCUCUUUGGUUCAGCUCUGGGAGACGCAAUUAACCAAUUCAAGAUGAUGCCAUUUCUGAUUCUUUCUGGACAACUUUGCCCGCCGGGAAUCGAAGGAACCCUCUUUGCUCUGUUCAUGUCGAUAAACAACCUCGGCAACACAUUUGGAUCAUUUUUGGGAGCUGCUUUGGCUUCACUGCUGAACAUUUCAUCGGAAUCCUUCGACAAACUUGUGCUUGGCUUGAAUGUGCAACUAAUCUCUACAUUCAUUCCUGUUGCCUUCUUGUUUUUGAUACCAAAGGAUGCAACAGGGCAAGCAUCAUCUUAGUUGCAAAACCAUUUGAUUCUCACUUUAUUGUCAUAGAAUUCAUGAUUAAAGGAAAUCACAAGAUGUAUCAACUAUGUUUUUUUUUUUUUUUGGGAUUAAUUGCUUAUGAACAGUUGAGAGUUUUCACAAUACAAAAUUUGUUGAAUUUCA